GCAUAGUGCAGAGACGGAGACCAGCGGUAAAUUUGUUUACGGGAACCGGCUGGUGACGAAGUGCGGCAACCAAGGUCGACGAUUCCGAGUUCCGACCAAGUACAAUCGUUCAGAAACAGGCUCCGAUCUGGUGAAAAUAUCAAGGUUGAAACUGCCUACUUCACAAACAGGAAAUGAAAGUGCAUGGAAGAGGUUCUAAUCAAGAAUCAAGUUUGAGAAGGCCCGGGGAUACACGAUGGGGGUCUCAUUACUCAACAAUUGUGAGUGUAAUUUCAUUGUUCUCUCCUAUUGUUUCAUUGGUGAAUAUAAUUCAAAAUGAUCCUAAGAAUGAUUCGGUAAGGACGGAGGCAAGUGCUAUUUUGUUUGCUAUGGAAGAUUUUGAAUUUGUAUUCAUUUUGCAUUUGAUGGAGAUGGUCUUAAGCAUUACUUACGAACUAUCACAAUCCUUGCAACGGAAAGAUCAAGACCUAGCCAAUGCUAUUGCUUUAGUGAGAGUUGCAAAAGUUCGAUUGCAGAAUUUGAAAAGUGUUAAAUUUGAUGUGUUGCUUGAUUUAACAACUGAGUUUUGCAAGAAACAUGAUGUUGAUAUUCCAAACAUGGGUGAUUUCUAUUGUCCCAAGGGAAGAUCAAGGAGAAAUGCAUCCACACUCAAGUUUUGGGAGUUCUUCAAGUUCAUGUACUUUGAUAAAAGUAUGAAACUUUUGAUCGUGUGGAAGAUGAAGACAUCCUACACUAUUUUCAAGCAAUGAAGGCUAGAAGAAUGAUUUUGUAGACUUGAGAAUUUCCUGGCUCCGCCACUGACUGCUCACGAACAUUACUUGAGUAAAAAUUCAUUUUUACUCAAGUAAGCUGAUAUUCAACUCCUUGACGACUAUGAAGUUGAACACUGCUGCUUGACUUUCGUUCUGAUUUCUCCAUUAUUGGAUCUGUGGGAAAACUGAGACUGCUGUUUGGAACCUUUGAACCUGAAACCUUGCUGAAACUUGGAACCCUAUGCUGUGUUGCUGGUAGGAAAAUUGAAGCUGUUGUUUGAAACUUCUGCUAAUGGAAGGUUGCUGGUGUUGUGGUUGGAGUUACGCUGUUGUUGAACCGUAUGCUGCUGCUCAUUGUAACAUGUUUGAUGCUUUUGCCUAAUGUCUUAUGGAUUAACAAAUACACCAAAUGUCCUUUUCUUAAACAUAAGAAUGGUUGGAACAUGUUAGUGCUUGGAAUAUCUUAGGAAACUAAUGCUACCUCACAUGAGUACCUGAAAUCUGCUUGGAAUCUUAUUUGAAUCUGCCUGGAAUAUGAUGGGAUCUGCUUUGAAUCUGUCACCUAUGGCUGCCACUGUUCGAAGAUGUUUGGUAUGCUGUUUUAACUUGUUGAAUGCCUCUCCCAAUAUGAUGCUUCCUCUAAAUCUGUGAGAAGCAUAUUAAAGAGGGGAUGGACCA